CUACCUCUUUACUGUCUGCAAAUGAGGACCUGUGCACUGCUCGCAUUUCUCUCCGUGGCAGGUUGCGACGGGUUCACAACACCGCCGUCUUCCUCGAGAAGCGUAACCCCAACCAUGUCCCAUGGGCAGCGGGGUAGUGGACCCGUGUCGCGCCAGGCGCUGCUCAAGACCGGAGCAGCAGGCUUGGCCUCCCUAGGCCUGUGGUUCGCGGCGGGCUCCGACGUGGGAAGGCCGCAAGCCGCCUUUGCCGCACCAAGGGUGGGAAGCGGAGGGCCACCGUUUUCGAAAUCGGGUUAUGAUCUUGAUCCGUUGACGGCUGAGGAGGUGGACGCCAGGGUAGACAAACUGACGGAGCUGCAGAAGGUCGUCCUGACCCAGGCGGGUACGGAGCGGCCGUUUCAGGGCAAGACGGUGAACGGGUAUAACGGUGGCAUAAAGGCGGAGGGUACCUGGGUCAGCGCCGUAUCGGGGGUCCCCCUCUUUAGCUCCGACACCAAGUACGACAGCGGCACCGGCUGGCCGAGCUUCUACGCGCCGAUAGACCCCGAACACGUGAUCGAGCGUGUCGACCCGAAGGACGCGGCGAGCAUGCCCAAGUUCUUGCAACGAGUCGAAGUGCUGGACAGAAAGAGCGGGACCCACCUCGGACACGUUUUCAACGACGGCCCAAAACCCACCGGCAAGCGCUACUGCAUGAACGCCGCCUCUAUGGCAUUCAUCCCGAAGGAGGAACCGUUGCCAGUUAAGCCAUCCUUCAAGCCCUAAGCAGGCGUUUUGAAGGGUUGGGGUUGGUAUUCUCGACGCGUAGAAGAGAUGCAGGGGUGUGUCAAGACCUUCCGCUACUCGCAACUCAUCGUUGGUUCCAGCUGGAUGGGGUUUCCCUGGAUGGUGUGGAGAAUGGAGGGCAGGAGUUAUGCUAGGCAUCAUGGGCGAAACGGCAUGAUUUUCCAUUGCCUUCCUUUUUGUUGCUGUACUUCUCCCUGUCCGAGACCAAUGUAGAUUAAGUUGGACUCGCGACACAGGAGCAUUUACCGCAAGCGGGAAGGUGGUCAGUCUUGUCUGUGCGACCUGCGUCGGCUCUGCGAGAGUGGCUGAAGGAGAUAUGCCGGACUGGUUUGUAGGGAAACCUAGGACGAGAAAAAAAUAACCGAACGUAGCGGUGCCUGAUGUAGUUCGACGAGACCCGAGCGAGCGCAAGGUUUGUGUGCGCAUUGGACGUUCGGUCUCUGCGGACACCCCUUGUCCCACCGUUUUAGUCGAUUCGAUGCGAUGUUUUUCUAGAGCAAGAUCGACAAUUUGCUGAAGCAGGGCUCACAUCGCAUCAUCGUGGUUGCUCUCUGUAACUUGUAACCGCCAUUUUUUUUGUUGUGGAGGCGAGGGGGAGGCAAACUUGGCUUCGGGGGAGAGGUCCCGUUUCGAUUUUUUGUAAUCCGGUUUAGACCAUAGGCACCCUGCUCGCUCGGAGGUGGGGGGCGUCAAGCUAUGAACGCAUCGGACUGCAUCACACGUCUCCGUCUUGCACACGCUGUUUUGACGACACUUGAAUACUGAUUGACUGGUUGGGAUAUGAUCUGGAGCCGACGGCAUGGAGGAGAGAAAACGCGCGGUGUGCUAUGUAAAGAGUUUGAGUCCGGCUUCUUGGAGCGAGACUACGGCGUAGAGCGGUUUUCGAAGAGGUGUUUUCCGGAGUUUUUUCUCUUUGGGCAAGGUUUUAGCUGCCCCCACCACUCCCCAAACAACAGCUACAACUGGGACCCCCAUGUGGCGCUACUCCCCUCACUGAGAUCGAUCGUAUGCAUAGCUGUGGUUCCCCGUUGACGGCGUAAAGAUAUUUUCCCUUGGUCAGGCGAUUGUCGCAGUAGGCUUGCUUCCUCGCAUGGAGCCCUGCUAUUAUAGUGAGACCAAUCGGAUGCAUGUGCACAGGAGCUGCUGUGUGCUCGAUCACGACUUCACUCGAGAUGUCGUAAGUAGAGAGACUGCUGUUGAUGUUCUUCUCCGCUCACAGCAUCGAACGCGAUUCUUGGAAGUAUACAAGUUACAUCUGUGCACUGUC